AUGGGGGUCAACACCCGCAGACCGAUCCUUCCCGCCCCCACAGAAUCCAUCAUCGAUACCACGGGGGAUAGCGCAACGGGCACAGAUCUGGCUACUGACAUUUCUCGCCGCACAGACAAAACGUCGUACUCUAUCCCAGACGACGGUAGCCCCAUCACUGUCUCCACUCGGCGACAGCGGGACCGCGAAGAGAAAUUGUCUCGAUCGCAACACGAUUCUCAUACCUCAUUACUCAUCGAGUAUUUUGAGGGCGGAAAAAGCUCAGGCGGCAUUGUCUCUCGUCCCAGCGUGCGAGUACGUGUUACACCAUCGUCAGCUAGAAAAAAGUCCAGGGACAAAAACCACUUUCAAAUCACCGAAUCAGGUGGAAGCGGCCGUAAACCGUCAUAUACCCACCGAAUAUCCCUACCCUCGCCAUCUUCAAAACAGAAGCAAUUGGAUUCGGGCGCAGCGGAUGAUCAGAGUGUUGGUUCAAAUUCAGGCGAGGAAGGUCAUCAUAUGACACGUCGCGACCCGGUAGAAAUCGAAUUUGUGAAUCGCGGACAGGAUAGCGAGAUGUCUACCCUCUCGCAAGAUACCCGGUACAUGACAUCGGAGGUUUCAUCCAUGCCACCGGAGAGCAUGAUCAACGCUUCAUCGGCGGGUCCCAGGCGGAAACGCAGCCAGAGUAUGGAGCGUGGUUCGCCCCGUGAAGAGAAGGGAUUGCUCAAGACCCCCCAACGACAAAGAAGUCGCAGUUUGAGUAAGGAGCGAAUUGCACAUCGCGUGGCAGAGAAGCUCACCGGAUCACCACAAGAGGCUUCGAGUAGCAACCAAAAAAGCAAGGGCGGCAUGGAUUAUCUCGAAGCCGAAACAAAAUCAUCCCGUCGCCGAAAGCACAGAUAUGCGGACGAGGAUCUCAUCAGCCCCGAAUCUAGCCUUCUCAGCACAUCUGCAGUCUCUUCAAACCGCAAGUCCGAUCAGUACUCAAUUCGCUCCGGUGCAUCCAAGUCCUCUAUCAACAACCCAAAAUUACUCGAGACAGUUGAAGAUGCGAUCAGGCGAUUGAUCUUACCUGAGCUAAAGGAGCUCAAGAAGGACCAAAAAGUCAUGACCAACAAGAACAAAUUCGAUCGGGACAUGGCUACAUCUUAUUCGUCUGGCACGAGCUCCAGAGAUGAGCUAGGUCGACGUCUCUCCAAGCACGCCAGUGCACCGGAUGUCAUGAAGCCUAAAGUUGUUCUGAACAAGGAUAGCAAAGACGAAGGCAUUAUUCUUUCUCCCGAGGCGCCUUCACGCAAUAAUGAGCGCAAAUCAAGUAAAACCAGCGAAGCUUCCGAUAUGGCGGUGAGAUGGGCAAAUCGACCCGACUACACCGAACAAGACAAGAUCCGCCGACAGAAGAGCAAGGGUCUUCGUGAUGCCCAUGCUGCUGCCCGAGUCGGUACUGCUCUCACGGCGGCUUCUUUGAAACACCACAACUCCAAUUCGAGUCUCGGCAAAAAUGAGCACCGGCGAGAGAGUGGCUCCCGGAAAAGUGGCUCACGCAAGAGCGUUGAGAGUAUGAAAUACAACGAAACCGAACUUGUUUUCCAGAAGCACAAUGUUGCGCCAAUGCCAAUGCACAGCGAGAUCGACUCCGAGAUGACCAGGAACUCGUUACUCUCUGAGCGAACGGCAAGUCCCACUCCCGAACAGCAGGACUCCUACUUCGACAUUCCUCGCGGAUCACCGGGGCAGGCUAUGUCGCCAGCUUCUCGUACUCCCACUAGACAGUCCGUCGACUCACGUUAUGAGCUCAGAAUGCGCCAUGGCAACCAGUCGCAUCAGAAUAUCUCGGUGCACAGUGCUUCAGAUCGUGACCUGCAUCACCAGAGCCAAUCUCCAGGAACCGACGGUGGUAACUGGGCAAUUGCAGCCGCAGCUGCGGCUAAUCUCCUUGAUGUCGCUCACCCCGGGCAUCAUGAAACGGAAGAUGACUAUCACGGUGAGACCAUCAGCCGCGGACUGAGUCCCAUUCAGAGCAUUGCAAGUGACCGUACCGAGACUCGCCACGACAAUUACUCGGCUCACGACGAACAACACCUCGACAACAAAAAUGAGCUUGAGCCUCGACUCUCCAUUGACUCUCUGUCAUCUGCCCCCAGUACAGACCUUGCGAGAUCCACCCGUCAGGGCACCAGCUCGCAUAGCCAGAGUGCAGUUUUCAUGCGAAACAGCCAGGACUCACCUGGGCUCGGGUACGAACAUUCGCGGCAGGGCUCCCAAGACAAUGACUUCUAUGGCUACGAUGAGGAGAGCAGGCGUUCUGUCGACGAUGAAGAUAGCGAUGUUGACUUCAUGGAUAAAGUCAAAGAAGCCCACCCUGUGGCAACGGGUGCUGCUGCUAACCCCCAAUUUAUCCACCCCGUGACCGUCGAAUCCGCAGUCGCUUCCUUAAUGGAUCCCUCUAUCCUUGAAUCCCAGAUGUCAUCCACAAACCGCUCGCAAACCGAUCUGGGUCAACGAUCAGGCAGCCGAAGCCCUGAAAAGUCAGGAAGCGAAGUCCAUCGCGGAAGCCCCCUGAAGCAGCGUCAAGAUGCUUUCGAUGCCGAUGAGACUUCGUUCCCUCGACGCAUGGGUGCUACAUCGCCCCCUCAGAGCGUUACCCAGUCCUAUGAUGACAUGGACGAAUCUGCUAUGAUGGCCGACAGCGCCCCGCGUGGAAUGGAGAGUCCUCUUGCGGAUGCUGAUGCUGAAAGCCAAGAAUCAGAGUCUGAAAUCAACACCAAUCCGUCCAUUAUUCAGGGCCCCAUUGGUGGUGUCGCUCAGGCGGAUCAAUGGGGAUAUGGUUCAGGAUCUCCGCCUGUGGAUCACUAUUACGAUAAACAGAUCGGUGGAUCUAAGGGUCUUAAUGCCGAGCAACAGAUAGGACUUGAUGCGGAUUACUACCAGACUGCCCAGAAUAUCUUUGGUGGUGACGACUACUCUGCCCACUCUGGCGACAACCAACCCCGGCAAUCGUUCAGUACUCCUCCUGGUGCCAAGGAUGAAGGCUAUGUCUCGGCUGCCAACCCCAUGUCUCCCAGUGUUGGCACCCCGAAGCAAGCUAAUCGAGGUCUUGUGGGCGUGGAUGCUGUUGGAAUGGGUAGCUUCGAUAGUGGUGCUGGAGCAGAUGAUCCUUUUGCCUCUGGUCAUGAACGCCAUUUCAGUGGCUACUCUCACGGCGUUGGCUCGCCAUUCUACGACAGUGCCACUGGCCGAGGCAUCGAGAGAAUUCAGUCUCAGGAUAUUGUGGCUCUUAUGGAUCACUUGACUGUCCGGGAUGCCCAGCGGAAUGCCAGAGAUACAGAGAUUCUGGUUACUUUGGUUCGAAGUGCUGCUGAGAUGCGCACCUCCUUCGAGCAGAUGAAGAGAUUUAUCGCCGAGCAAGAUGAUCUCAUUAUGGACACUACCGACAGGGCACAUGAGCGGACUCACAAGGCGCUUGGUGGUCCUCGGCCAUUGCCCACUAGUGCUUCUAGGAAUCGUCAGCUGAACACAGCUGACGAGGAAGACAAGCGGAAGAGCAUCUUCAAGCGCGCGCUGAAGGGAUUAAGUCUCAAGUCUGGCAAUGAUUUGACAAAGAUUGAAGGUAUGCUCGAGCAGUUGCUUGACGAGGUUGAAGCCCUACGAUCCGCACAAGAUGGCUCGGGCCCUCACGGUGGCACCAGAAUGGAUCUAAUUGGGUAUGAUGCUCCGGGUUCAAACGGAGUACCUGCCGAGACGAGCCGUUCUCCCUACGGGUCCAGCUCUUCUCGCCCAGCCAAUGGACAACGCAGAGAUUCGGACCAGCGAGUCAGCACCGUCCAUGAAGUCGACGAGGACCUUGAGCUUGACGACCGUGACCAGUUCCUGACCUCGCACCUCCCUGUCCGUGGCCAACCUAGUCACGAGCGGUCAGGCUCAUUGCCACUUAACACACCUCCACGCAAGCCGGUGGCCACAUCAGCUCGUAGCACCGAGACGACUCCCAAGGCCCGCAAGCACAAGUCCAGCAGCUCGUCAAUUUUCCCAAAGAUCUCCCGCUGGUCGAAGUCUACGGCCACCUCCAUGGGCGACGGCAUUCGCAACAGCAUCCAGCCUUCCCGCAAAGAACGUCAGGCAUCGGACGAGUCUGGGCUGUCUGAUCUCGCACCCCAAGGUCCCUACAAAGGCGACUAUUAUGAUCCCCAAGGGGACGACAGACUCCGAUCCACUUAUACCCUGGGCGAUGAGCAAGAUGAGAACAGACCCCCGUCGCCCUUAGUGCCUUCCCAGGUGUCCGAGAUGCCCAAGUACCGUGGCCACCGUGGUAGUCUCGAGCUUAUGCACCCCCAGCCUCGCCAAGGCCCCACCGGACGUUACCAGUCCCGCCUCGAAACCGAGGCCCAGGUCUACGGAGGUCCAGUUUCUCCCGCUGGCUCAGAACAGUGGGGAUCCAACCCCAGCCUGCCCGUUAUCCAACCUCCCCAAAACCGCAACAGCGGUGUUAGCGGUACCGCACGUCUGUCCCCGAUCUCCGAUGCAGGCUACUCGGAGACCAGCUCCCGUGCAAACCGUACACCAGGUCCGCCCCGUCCUCCCAAGAUCAAGGACGCCGGUCCUCUCAUUCCCGAGCGUCCACCCAAAGUGCCGGAGGACGAGGAACCAGCCUACAGCGGCGACCGUGCUGUUUCCAGAAGCUCUGCUGUCCGCUCUUCCCCCGCACGCAAGCCAACUGGCCCGCGUCCUCUCGCAUCCACCGGCUCUUACAGCCCAGGCAACGCCAAGCGAACCCGCUACCGAGGCAGUCCCGCGCAAAUCGACUAUGAAGAUGAGCAAUAUUGA